AUGGCGCUGCUAAUGCGGCGUCUGCUUGUAGAUGCUCAGGCCAAGCUUCGCAGAAUGGUAGAAGAACAUUCCUCUUCCCUAGCCUCCCGGAUCGAAUCCGAUUACCCAAACUCCAUUUCCAUUUCGACCGCCGCUUGCAACUCUCAAGGACUGAAACUUUCUGAUGACGCGAUUCCUGCAACAACGCCCUCAUUAUCGUUAUCCCAAAACAAUGAUUUAAAACCCAUUCUAAGUGAGCCCGAAGACAAUAAGUUAUUACGGAACGGUGAUGUAAAGAAGGAUGAUUUCAUUUCGAGUAAAUCGAAUUCGAUUGAGUCGAGGAGAAGCAAGUCGUUGAAUAAUACCAGUUCGCUGGAUUCGAGCGAGGAAAUAAGUAAGAGAGACAUUCAAAAAACAAGAUCAAAUCCGGUGAAUUGCGAGCGCUUGGAGACUGAAAUUAGAAUAGAUAACAUGACAAUACAAGAAAGUGCUAGUCCCAUAAAGGACAAUAGAUCGUCUCCUGAAAACCAACGGUCAGAUUCACCUAAACCUGGAUGUAGUAGUCAACCAGAUAUGGAUUCCUCAUCUCCUCGUUCGCCACGCAGCUCAGACGGAAAUCCCGAAGACCUUUUGGCCUUGUUGCCAUCCCCUUCAAAUUUCCCUAACAAAUCGUCGUCCGUUAUUAGAAGACUUCGUCAGGACAAUGACCGGUUACAAGCGGAAGUAACACGCUUGCGCAGGCUAGUAGUUUCAGGUGCCACGGGAAUAUUGAACGAAAGAAAACCACCGGCAGAAGGCGCCGGCGCUAGCGAUUCGACUACUUACGCACUGGAAAUGGAAUUGCAACUGGCAAAAGAGGCUUUGACGACUUUAAAAUCCGAUAAACGAAGACUGAAAGCCGAAAAGUUCGAUUUACUGAACCAAAUGAAACAACUUUUUUCUACUCUAGAAGAUAAAGAAAAAGAACUUAGAGAUUUUAUUAGAACUUAUGGGCAGCGGGUGAGAGACGAAACGUCGCUUCAACAAUUAUCCACAGAAAGAGAGGAGAGAGAGCGGGAAAGAUGGAGUUUAUUGAGGCAUGCGCGAGAUGAAGCUGAAAGAAGCUUAUCUUUAGCUGCACAACUUAAUGCUAAAGAGUUACAGUUGCAACAGGCCCAGGAACAAUUGGCAGAGGCUCGAAGACAAUUAGGCGGUUGCCUAUCGGACCAAGAAUCCUUAGCCUCCCUUCCACGUCACAGCAUAAACGGCGGCGCCCUGACUCCAGGAUCUGGAGGCCUCCUGUCAGGUCAUUUGGGUUUAUUGCCAGGCGACAGAGGAAGCUGCAGCGCUGACUCAGGAGUACGAGUCAGCUCCGAUAGAGAAAGCGGUGGUGCUACUUCGGCAGCUGGAAAUUUGUCUGAUUCAACUACAGACGGCGCUCCAACUAUUACAGUUGAAGGCAGUAUCAGGGAUGUGGAUUCAGUUUCGUUGAUGUCGACUGUUCCGCCACCGCCUGCGCAUUUGUACCAAUCAAUUUCGACUAAAGACUGCAGCCCGACGUUAUCACCAUUAAACGCUAACAAUUUUCCACGAUCCAUAGAUCCUAGCAGUUUAUCAAGAUCGGUAGAGCAACUUAGUUCGCCCCUAGAACAAGAACCCAUUACAAUAGGCAAAAGAACAAAAACACCGAACAGACUUUCAGGGCGGGGUGGCACUUGGGGCAGCAUUUCCAGAGUGUUUGCCAGGUCGAGGCAUAGAAAUAAAACCAAUUCUCUACAGGAGGCCGGUGAACAUGGUUACGAGCCUUACAGAAGCUGGUCGCCGUUAACCGAAGAAGGUUACGCGGAAAAAUUAAGAUUACUAAGAGAAGCUAGUACUAUUCCUAUGGAAAGAUGGCGAGCACCGACAGUACUGGCUUGGCUAGAAGUAGCUCUCGGCAUGCCACAAUAUGGAGCCAGGUGUGCAGAGAAUAUAAAAAGCGGAAAGGUCCUGCUAGAACUGAGCGACCUGGAACUCGAGUGUGGUUUAGGAAUCGCCCACCCGAUGCACCGGAAAAAAAUACGUUUGGCCAUUGAAGAACACCGUCAUCCUGCUUUGGUUCGGUAUCCGUGUAUAGCUCAGCUAGGCCAUACUUGGGUUUCCAGCGAGUGGCUACCGGAUUUGGGAUUAUCACAAUAUUCUGAUAGUUUCGCCGCAAACAUGGUCGACGCCAGAAUGUUGGAGCACUUGAGCAAAAAAGAAUUAGAAAAAUAUCUGGGAGUGACCCGAAAAUUUCAUCAAGCUUCCAUAGUGCACGGCAUCCAUCUUCUGAGGAUUAUGAAAUAUGAUAGACAGGCAUUAGCGUUGAGAAGACACCAGUGCGAAAACAUGGAUGCCGACCCAUUAGUUUGGACGAACCAACGGUUUAUACGUUGGGCUAGGAGUAUCGAUCUUGGAGAGUAUGCUGAUAAUUUAAAAGACAGUGGAGUUCAUGGAGGUCUAGUGGUAUUGGAACCAUCAUUCAAUGGAGACACGAUGGCAACGGCGCUGGGUAUUCCAUCGAGUAAAAACAUCAUUCGACGUCAUUUGACAGCCGAACUGGAAGCUCUGGUACUGCCAGCCAGAUCCACACUAGUGCACUAUGUCAGAGUAAGGACAAAACAAAGCAGGGUACCAGGUGCCAGUAGUAGUGGUUCUUUGGGACGAUCGUUUUCCAAAUCGUGCGGAGGCCUUACCGCACCGUCACCUUCAUUGGGUAGAGGAGGAGAGUUUUUGGCAAGCGGGAUGAUGAUGGUCGAUAAUAGUUCUAAAAGGACAAGCCUCAGGGGUUCUUUAAGUCGCGCACUAGGUCUCACCAAACCUAAAAAUCCCGGAGAUAAAGAAAAAAUAUCACCAACGUCUAGUUCGGAAAGCUCUUCAGUUGUCAGCAGAAUCAGUCCGCCUUUACAAUACACUCAAAGAUCUUCAAAAUCUGGCGGAGAAUCUCCCAUUUAUGCUCAACCCUUUGCCCAUGCUCAACCAAAAAAUAUUUUCCAGAGACGAUCUGAAGAUUAUGAUAUGUAUAUUUGCAGCUCCAUAGACGAAUAUGAUAUAAAUAGAAGUAUCCAGAGUAUUCGGUCAGAAAUUGAUAACGUUUCCAAAGAAGCUAAAAGUUUUGUGGGAGGUAGCUUGCACCGAAACAAGAAGCAACAUAGAAGAGUUAAGAGUAUUAGCGAUAUUGAUGCGAGCGUUCAUGUUGACAGUGUGAAAAUUUAG